UGUUGCUCGAAGAUCAGUUGCGGAGGAACGAUUUAGGUACGCUAAAACCAGAGUUUAAGCGUGCUGACAGGCGUCUGAACCAGGUGUGCGAUCAGAUGGAGGACCUGGCGCGUCGCUACGGAAGGGCAAGGCACUUCUCGUUGUCCUUGUUCAUCUUGAAAGCAAGGGAAAAUCAGAUCGAAGAUCUGCUACGCGGUGCUUGCGCGAAAGGGUUACUGCCGUCCAUUGAGAAUUCACAAGCAGAAUUGGAAAAAUGCAUAGCGGCAGCGCACGUCUUUGUCAGUAGUCGUCGUAGUGAACGCAAUUUGAACUUCACUCUGGGCAAUUUCUUAGAUUGCGAAGCCGUCUAUGUCAGAGACGAAAUGCUCCAUAAGCAGAGACAGACACUCUACGGCUGCAUCGCAGACGCUUUGGAUGCUUGGGUGCCGCAGAA